CAAAACAUUAAUACAUUUAUCAGAUUAGUACAAUUGUCGUAUAAUAUAAAAUUUUAUUUAGUUUGCAACCAUAGUCUAUAAGGAUGUUUGUUCUAAAAAUAUUAUCAGUUUUAACAACGGCAUUUUAUGUCAACGCUCAAUUCGGAGAUUACAAACAAGAUUUCGGGUAUGUGACUGUGAGAGAUGGAGCACACAUGUUCUAUUGGAUGUACUACACCACCGCUAAUGUAUCAAAUCACACUGAGAGACCUCUCAUCGUGUGGCUGCAAGGUGGACCCGGUGGUUCCUCUACAGGCAUUGGUAACUUCGAAAUACUUGGUCCACUUGAUGAGAAUUUGCAAGAAAGAAACUACACUUGGGUGAACAAUUUUAACGUCAUCUUCGUCGAUAACCCCGUUGGUACAGGUUUCAGCUACGUCGAUGAUCCUAUUUAUCUGACAACAACAAAUGAUCAAAUAGCUCUCGACUUUGUCGAAUUGAUGAAAGGGUUUUAUCGAUCUAAUCCUGAGUUCGAAGAAGUGCCACUUUAUAUUUACGGACAAUCAUACGGCGGAAAGAUGGCGAUUGACAUGGGUAUCCGAAUGCGUGAGGCUGAAAUUGCUGGAACGAUAAAAUCGAAUUUAAGAGGAAUAGCUAUGGGCAACGCUUGGAUAAGUCCAGUAGAUUCCACUCUCACUUGGGGACCACUGCUGUUAGCUGCUGGUCUGGUUGACCAGACUGGAUACGAACAAAUACAAACAUCUGCACGAGAGACUCAACGGUUAUUCAACGAGGGAUUAUAUCUAGGUGCAACUGCUCAAUGGUCUGCGACCCAAACGGCUGUUUUACAAGCAACAACUAGAGUGGACUUCUACAAUAUAUUAACUAAAAAUCCAGUGCCCCAGACCUUUGAUAAUGAAUUAGAAAAACUUAUGCUGCCAGAUAGUUUUUAUGGAAAAUCGAGAAGAUCAAGAAAUACUCUUAAUACCUUAAUGAACACGAGAGUGAAGGAAGCUCUUCGAAUCCCAGCCAAUGUCACCUGGACUGCGUUGUCAAACAGUGUAUUUCACGCUCUCAGGACGGAUUUUAUGAAACCGGUGACCGAAAACAUCGAGAAGCUUCUAAACGAAACGGACAUUAUUAUCACAAAGUACAAUGGAAAUCUCGACCUCAUUUGUAGUACCACAGGUCAAAUCUUAUGGGUGGAUCGUCUUCGCUGGCAGGGAGCUGAAGGCUACAAAAACGCUACCCGCCAUCCAAUCUGGAUCAACAAUCGAUUGGAAGGAUACUACAAAUCCUACAGAAACUUUCGUUUCUUCUGGAUAAAUCUAGCCGGACACAGUGUCCCUAGAGACAAUCCCGCGGGAAGCAGCGCCUUCCUACGUGACAUGACUUCAUUUGGCUAAAAUACAUUACACUAUCAUUAUUAUUAAAUCGGUUAAAAAUAUAAACAAAGCUUUUUCCUUUCAUUGUUUAAUUAAAACAUCUAUCAAUAUUAACGUAAAAAUAUGUCCUUUAUGAAGUAUGUAUAACUUUAUCAUAUUGUAUUGAUCAUUAUAAAGAAGAGAAUUAAUAAACUGGCUCGGGGCUGCAUAAUGGAUUUAAGUCUCUCAUUGUGAAUUCAUAAUCAGCUUGAUAUCUGAUAAGAACUGAAACAGCUACUUCUCAAACUAACUAAGCUUUACUGAAACCACAAUUUCCAAUUUGUUCUUCGAUACAAUUACACUUAUUAAAAGGCAUCGCUUUUAAAAUAUAAACAUGUCUGUGUGAUGUUUCUAAUAUAUUACACGCUUUACUCCGUCAUCUUCAGUAUGACGUCAGUUUAUUUUUAUCAUUCACGACUAAAUAAAAACAUGUGACUAUAAUCAA